CCCGAUCGCCCGCCCGGGCGCUGGCUCCUUCCCAUGCGGGCUGCGAGGGCCCUGGGAGGGGCGCCCGGAGCCAGCCGCGCAGCAUGCACUGGGGAGUUGGCUUUGCCUCGUCCAGGCCGUGCGUGGUGGACCUGAGCUGGAACCAGAGCAUCUCCUUCUUCGGCUGGUGGGCCGGGUCCGAGGAGCCCUUCUCCUUUUAUGGGGACAUCAUCGCUUUCCCUUUGCAGGAUUACGGUGGGAUCAUGGCAGGGCUGGGCUCGGAUCCCUGGUGGAAGAAAACCCUUUAUUUGACCGGGGGAGCUUUGCUGGCCGCGGCUGCGUAUCUGCUCCACGAACUCCUGGUCAUUAGGAAACAGCAAGAGCUUGACUCCAAGGAUGCUAUUAUUUUACAUCAGUUUGCAAGACCUAACAAUGGAGUCCCCAGCUUAUCUCCUUUCUGUUUGAAAAUGGAAACAUACUUAAGAAUGGCUGACCUACCUUAUCAGAACUAUUUUGGUGGAAAGCUCUCUGCUCAGGGGAAAAUGCCUUGGAUUGAAUAUAAUAAUGAAAAAGUGUCUGGCACAGAGUUCAUAAUCGACUUUCUGGAAGAGAAGCUUGGAGUGAACUUGAACAAAAACCUUGGCCCUCAUGAAAGAGCUGUCUCAAGAGCUGUGACCAAGAUGGUGGAAGAGCACUUUUACUGGACAUUAGCUUAUUGCCAGUGGGUGGACAAUCUCAAUGAGACCCGGAAGAUGCUGUCUCUUAGUGGUGGUGGUCCCUUCAGUAACCUGCUCAGGUGGGUCGUGUGCCACAUAACAAAAGGAAUUGUGAAGCGGGAGAUGCACGGCCACGGCAUUGGCCGCUUCUCGGAGGAAGAGAUUUACAUGCUGAUGGAGAAGGACAUGCGGUCUUUAGCAGGGCUUUUGGGUGACAAGAAGUACAUCAUGGGGCCCAAGCUUUCCACUCUUGACGCCACUGUCUUUGGACACUUGGCACAGGCGAUGUGGACUUUGCCAGGGACCAGACCGGAGCGGUUGAUCAAAGGGGAGCUGAUCAACCUCGCCAUGUACUGUGAGAGGAUCAGGAGGAAAUUCUGGCCUGAGUGGCACCAUGAUGACGACAAUACCAUCUAUGAGUCUGAGGAGAGCAGCGAGGCCAGCAAGACUCACACACCCAUGCUGGACUUUAGCUUCUAUUCAAGGACAGAGACCUUUGAAGAUGAAGGGGCUGAGAACAGUUUUUCCAGGACGCCAGACACGGAUUUCACCGGACACUCUCUCUUUGAUUCUGACGUAGACAUGGAUGACUACACAGACCACGAACAGUGCAAGUGAUGUCCCGCCGCCGCUGACCCUCUUCCUUAGGGGUUGCCACUCCCUGGGCUGGUCUGGUUUCCCAGGUAGAAAUCCACCUGAGCUGGGAGGAGAUCUUCAAGCUUGGCUCAGUUUUAACAUGCUAACCGGACUAUAAGCCGCCUUAUUUCUUUUUUUGUACAAACAAAACACAGAACCAUUCAGAUGGCUCCGUUUAAAACAGACAAAACAAAUAUCAGCAUGGUACCUGAAAUCCAUUUUUGUUUUCAUUAGAAAACCAAUAUUGUGUGGGAGGGCAGGUACAUGAAUGGGCGUCACCUGAGUGUUUUUAUUGCUCCUUUUCAAUUGAGGACUCGGUUGUCAGGUGGACUCUUGAACAUCUUUCAUCUACCAGGGUUUUAAGUAAUGAGAGAUAUCGUCAGAAAAAAUGGAGGGGAUAAUGUCCUUUGGCCGCUGUUGUACGUUGUGUGUGUACUUGUAUGUUGAGACAGAAGUCAAUGAAGUCCACCGAUAUUCAGUGGACAGCUGUUGUGUGUGAAGCGCUGAGUGGGGGGUGCUAUGCAACAGGAGUUUUCAUUCUCAACCCUGCCAGUGACUAGCUGUGUGAUCUGGGGCAGGUCCUUUAACUAUUGUGUGCCUCAUUUAUCCCACCUGUAACGUGGGGAUGACAAUACUCUCCACCUACCUACCUCACAGGGGUGUUGUGGGGAUUCAUGUGGCAGCAUUAGUAUGGCGCUUUAAACCUUCUGGAAGUGGUGCAAUGUGAACAAAUUUUACUCUUCACUGGGCUUCGUAAAUGUUAAGAUCUGAGGGCACAGGACUUCCAUAUUUGGGCAACAAGCACAGUUGCUUGCAAAGGGCCGUGCAGAUGAAACACACACCAAGCCUGUUAGGACUGUGACAUUCUUCUUUGUGACGUGGCUGGAAGAACUUUGGAAGUAGCUUCGCAAAUCAUCAUCAGCUACAUGGGGUCCUCAGCUCUGGGCACUUGCAGAACAGCAUUUCUUUCAUUGCCGAAUGCACUGACGUGUGGCUUUGCUGCCUCCCAAGUGCUAACUUGCCUGCAUUUAUUGAUUGGGAGAAGAUAAAGCUUAGGACUAUGGCAGGUUAACAGAGGUGAAGGAAAGCCUUUGACUUUUGUAGGCACAAGCUUGUCAACUGUCGUGACCUUUUGAAGACAAAGAUGCCCUGGAAAGAGAAGCAUGAAGGUGUUCCUUGUGUCUGAGUCCUCUGCAGUUUCCUUAAUGCCCCGGUCAGGUGUCCCACUGUCGGGGAGAGCGAGACAGCAUGGACACCAAAUCCUAGUGUUUCAUGAUCUCUCAUCCCUUCCCAUCAGCCCUCGCUUUCCCUCUCUCCAGAGCCCCCAAACUGGUGGGAUUUUCCUGUAUUGGUAUUUGACUCUGAAGGCAGCUUUGGAUAGCUUAGUUCAUUUUCUAGGCAAUUGUGGGGCAAGGUUUCUGUGGGGUGGCUGUGAAUUUGGGCUGUAAGACUUAACUGCAAACCAAUGGCUUUGCUUCUGACCAACCUUCUGGGUAAAGGUUACUUUAGGGUUGAUGAGGCCCCUCAAAGAUGGAAGUUUCUGAGACAUGAAUGUAAUUUACUUGAAAAGUAACCUAUUUUUAAUAUAGAUUUUCCACAAAAAUCUUUAAAGAGUGUUGUUCAUUUUCGAAGAGCAAAGAGGGAGCGUUUUGAAGAUGUUUGCCGCUGAAGCAGCUGUAGGGCAUAUGGGAAUGGGAAUAAUGUUGAACUCUUAUGUUGGAAAGUCUUACCUGUAGAAAACUUAGCUAUGGAUAUUUUGUAUUAAAGAGGAACUGCUUGAUGAAUAGUAAGAAGGGGGUGGAGGAGGUGUGCAUGACUAGGCAUGCUUGUGGUUGGCGUCAUGUGGGUGUCCUGUUUGUCUCCUGGUGUUCUGAGCAUCUGCUGGCAGUUCUAUGUGAUGAGGGAAACCAUUGAAUAAAGCAUGGCUAGGAGGACUGCGGGCCUGACUGGGUACAGGUUUUCUUGCCCGCUCCUCUCUCUCAGCUGGAAAGAAAUGCUUGACACUUUGCAUAGAACUGACUUAUUCUUCCUUUGUGAUGCUUUGCCCUGUAAGAAUGUUCUGAGUAUAAGUAUGUGGAUUAAUAACUGCUUUCUUAUGCAUUACUUGGAGGGGAACUCCAUACAUAGGCAGUGUUUGUUGUUAAGUUGUAGGGAAGUUCAUUUCAUCCAGGUACCCCUCAAGGGAUGUAGUGAAUGGGCACUGCCAACUGGAGUCCUGGGUGCUUGGACAGCUCACAACUGGGUACUUUGUAGACACAAAUUUGAAUAGAACCUGAGAAUAUACCUCUGUUUCCCUCCUCCGUAUGGAGUAUUGAAACAAAAUGACCAAGAUAAAAAUCAUGGCAGUGUGGGUCCUUAAUGGGAGGGCUUUACUUUUUUAUGUGCUGCCCAGAUUUGAAGCCCUGUCCAGUUUGGUGAAUAGGUGCUACUUGUAAGGACAACAAUAAGAAACUAGGGGGCAUUUCACUCAUUCACUCAAGAUUUUUUAUUUAUUUAUUUUUUAUUUUUAUUUUUUCUGGAAAGUAACGUAAGGAAGCACAAUAUUUUAUGUAAAUAGAUGCUUUUGAUUGGACAGAAAAAUACAAGGGCCACGUGUUUCCUUUAGCCUCUUAUUAUAGAAACAAAGCUUCCUAUAUGUCUGCUUCCCACUCCACAAUCAGGAUUAGUGAGCAGUGGCUGGAUGGUUUGGAUCCAUCAGGACAAUUUAAAGGACAACACACAUUUAUGCAGAAAUAGACUAUGUUGUCAGAUUUUACCAUUUUGUUGUCCUAUAAUAAGUUGUGACCAGUGACACUACCAAAGCCAUGGCCACCAUAUCGUUGAUCACAGACUUAGAACACUUUGGACUUGAAUCACACUAUUGCAGUCUAGACCUCAGGUGAGUCUUGCCCAUGUGCACGGAGCUAUGUUGGGAAAUGAGAACGAGUCAAGGAAAGGAAGUACUAGAUUUGGUUGCAAGCAUAGAACUGAAGGUCUGGGACAUAGCUCUAGAGAGGUCCUCGCAAGAGAGCCACAGAGGUCAUCGCUGUCUCCAUCACACACUGUGUAUUUGAAGAUUAAGACCCACAGCUGGGGUCUUUCACCUUGCCCUGGAGGGCUUCGCCAUCACACCCCCUUGCUUUGGUUUACGUGCAAACCCAUGUUCUGAACAAUUGCUCCAUGUUUCAGUACCAACAAGCCCGGCCUCACUCUGAGUCUUGGAUUCCUGCUACAUCACUCUCACCUCCCACAUCUAGCCGGCCUAGUUCAGGCCAAUUCAAGAGACCUUUCCUCAGUAUCUAUCCCAUGUGUGGCACUGCCAGGCUCUGUGAAUAGCAACAGGAUGUAUUUUCAAAUCCAAUACUCCCCUUCCUGUCUUUUAUUGUCUUUAAAAUAACUUGUGUUCAUUCAGUCGCUCACUCACUGAGUAUGCACUGAGCGUCUGUCCUGGCUCUGACCCUGGGAUGCCCACUAGCUGUAGAGUAGCUGACAAGGCAGACAUGACACCGACUCCAGAGCACCUCUUUUGCUUUGAUUUGUGUGAUAACUUUUACAUGGCCAGACUCUUUCCAGAUCCAUCUCACACAUUACCACUGGAGCAAUCUUUGGAAAAAACUUUUGGUCUGUAGGGGGUAUCUAUUGCCUCAGGCUGAGGCUUCCUCCUUAGGGCUCAAUAUUCUCACUUCUCUUGUCUCCCAUGGCUCUUCCAUACACCCUCUAGUGUGGCAGAUCCACUUAUCACUACCUCUACAUGCCUCCCGUUCUCCACCUUUGUGUUUCUGGUCAUGCCAGCCCCUCUGUUGAAAUGCCUUACCCUCUGGCCCCAAUCACCAUCUCUUAAGGCCCAACUUCAUCAGUUCCGCAUGAAGAAUUCCCAACUUAUUAUCAUCCCCCUUCCCUCUAAAAACAAAAACACUUAUCAUUUCCUUCCCUGAAGGCUAGAUGGGAAAAGCAUGCUCAGAAAGUGGGCCACAUGCUAGAAAGUAAUGGGUUUUCAUUGUGUGUGUCAGUGCCUCCAUUGAUAAUCUAAUGAGAGUCCUAGGCUCUAUUCCCAGAAAAGUGCAAGUAUGCAAAUAUCUACAAUUUUACAUAUAAAUUCAAAGAUUUGGAAAGUGGAUUUGCUCUUUGAUCCCUCAGGGGGUCCACCGACCCCAGAUGAGGAGGUCUUGUUGCAAAGAGUCUCUAAACAUCACUGUUGGUGUUGUUCUUGUCUUUUACACAUCCAGGGAGGAGAGAAUUGGUAUGAGAUGUGCAAGCAAACAUGGUGUCUAUUGUUAUUCACACUGAAUAUGUGCUGAGUGACAGAGAGAACAAAGAACAGCUGUCCCACAUUGUUUGAAAAAAUAUCUUUAUUCAGACAGAAUUUUUAUUUGUAUGUGUGUGUACAUUUCUGUGGGGAUGUACGCACCUUUGAGGGUACACUAGCCAGUAUGGGGAAUUGGAUCCUGCCCAGCUGGAGAUAUGGGUGUUUGCAAGAAGUGGGUGCUGGGACUAGAAUUCUGGUUCUCACAGGCUGGAGAGAUGGCUCAGCUAUUAAAGGCUAGGCUCACAAUAAAGAAGAUAAGAAUUGUGGUCCUCAGGAUUGAGUAGCAAUCACUCUGAACCACUGAGCCAUCUCUCUAGCCCCGGAUUUACAAUUCUGAAAGUGACAGAGUUUGCUGUUGUCAUUGUGACUUAUUUUCAACCACUUCUGAAGCUGAUGUAGCAGAAUGAGUUCAGGACCAAGUAAACAUCAUAUUUGCCCUGAAACCCACCACUUCUGAGUGGGUAAGCAGUGGUCUUGGGGCUGGAGGUUGGAAAGAACUGGUUGGAUUUUUUUUCUUAUGGAAUAAGAUCUAUGCAACAAAUUUUCCUGUGUUCAUUUUUUUGUGGAUCAAUUGCUGAUUCUAUUUUCAAUAAAAUGGUGAUGUAUUAUGCUGGUAGGGAAAAGUUCAGUUUAUUCUUCCAUUAAAAAACAAAAACAAAACAGAACAAAGUUAUCUUUAGUGCUCUUGACUGACCUGGGUUCCUUUCUGGGUGUUCAGUAUUGUUUGAGUAGACCUAUGACUAAUAUGCUGAAUACAUAGGAAAAUAUAUUUAGUGGCAAAUAGUUCUCACUAUGAAAGCUGAGCGCUGAGUCCAUCAUUAACAGGCCCAGAGAUCAAUGGUGUGCAACUGUGACAUGCUUUAUUUAUUUACCUUUACUCAGUGCUUCUGGUGACCUGAAUGAACCUGUAAAGUUCACAAGGAUCCCCUUGGUGGGUGGAUAGGCCUAGAGUGCCCCUUGCCUGUAGAAUUCUUACUUAAUGCCAUGGGUAAGUAACAGAUGCAUGUAGGAUGCUUUCUUUAUUUCAGUUCCUUACCUGGAGCUUAGGUUUUGGGACUUUGAAGAAUAUCUGAAAUCCUGAAGCAGUGAUUGCCAGAACCAGUCAAUACCUUGCCCUUCAGAGUACUGUUAUGGGAUGUUCUGGCUUUUGCAUAAACAGAGAACUUCUCCAGACCCAGAGUUUCCAAAAGUCAUCUUGCUAGACCAUGGCAACUACAAAGCUCUGGUUUCAGGAGGAUCAUUGCUUCAAGAGAUCUAGUUUGUGGGCACCAGAAGGGGUCUUUGCAAUAGCAAAACAAGUACCUUAUGGGUAUGGUCUCACACCAUGUACUGUUACAGUGCUUUGGAAUUCUGUGCACAAUUAAUUCCAGCUUUGCUUCCUAGCACUUAAAAGCACUACUGUCCCUCAUUACAAUGUUAGCUAUUUUAAGAGUUUACUGAUUGCGGAAUAAUACACAUACAUUUAUCAUGACCAGUUCAUUGUAUAAAAUAUAGUAUUGCUGAAUGAGAGUAAUUUAUUUCCCACCAUCUGUCAGCAAGCAUUUAUUUUUAUUUAUUUGUUUUUAUUCUGUGGCUCUAGAAUACUUCAUUUGUCAGUAAUCUUUUUCUUUAUUUAGCACUUAGGCUAUCCUCUGAUCUUUAAAAAAAAAUGGAUUUAGCUUGUAAAUUGCCAUGUUUAUUAGCACUGGCCAAACAGAUAACAAAAAGGACAGAAUGUUUCAAGGCUAAAAGAGAGAAAGGCUCUUCAGUCUGAGGAGUUUCCCCUUUAAUAGUUGUUCAGAAUGCAAAUGGUCUCUCAUAUUUCUUUCAAUCCUACCCCCUCUAAAAGGUCACUUUUGAUUAUUAACCAUGUCCAGUGGCUAUAUUUUAACUUUUAAUUAUAUUUGAUUUUUUUUUGCAGUAAUAUAAUGGAAGACAACAUUGAAAUGUUUGGCAGGUCUCUGUGUCAGCAGGAGUGACAUGUUUUUGUGACUCUGUCAAAGUAGUUUUGCCUCAGUGAUAAGCCUCCUGAGAUCAGAUCGUGUCAAUUGUAAACAGUUUUUCCCCCCAUUCACCUGCACUGUAGUAAAUGACAACUCAAAUUUUAAUUUGGGUGAAUGUUUCUUCAAGAUGGUGGUUGGGAACAUGGGGUACCAAGUCCUAUUCCUGGGAUUCUUAGCCUUUCACUGAGACAGGAAAGCAAGAAAUGGCAACAAAUACCAGGACUUGGACAAUGGUGUGGUGUGGCUGGGUUGGAGGUCAUGGAAAGUUUUUUCACGUGAUGGAAUGUUAUAAAAAUAAUAAAAAGCACAGGCUUCCAAAUGAAAAACAAAUGCAGUCCAGACAGUGAUGGAUUGCCUAUGGCUAAACAAGUGGCCAGUGUGGGAAGCACUGAAGUAAUGUUUAUCUUAAUUUCUGACCAAGACAUGGUCUCUGGAUCAGAGUGCUGUUCAUCUCAAUCUCAAUGCUUAUGCCCCAGUACUGUCCCUCUGAGGCUGGGUUGGCAAUUUGCAGAGCAGCUCACAGGGCUUGGCCCAGUGCGUUGACUCCUUUGAUUUUGCAACUUCAUUUUAGUAUGAAAAGUUAUAGCACUUACAGAAAAUGUACAAAGUAAUUAUAUUUUAUUUGAGAAGUUUUUAAAAAUGUUUAGAGACACCACAAAUCAUUUAUAUUUAGGCAUCUGUCCAAACCGUUGUAUUUAAUUUAUCCAUAGAACUUUCUGUGCUUCUCUCUCUGUAUUUACUUAUGAUAAAUGCAGAUGUAUAUGUGUAGACACUGCUGUAUACGUGUAGAUGGCUCUGCUGAUUUAUAAUGUUCAUUUCCAAGCUUCUCAGCCUAGACAUUAGAAAGUGUAUUAUUCAGUAGAGUUUAAGGGAGUGGAGAGGUUACUUAGCACCCAGAAGGCUGUAACUGAUUAGAGAAUGUGUCUGUAGCCUGUGUGGCAAGUGGACAGAUAUGGAUGCAUGAUUUGGGUCAAGUUAUUUACUCAUUUUUAUGUGAAGUAGGAGACAAGAAAAAUCAGCAGUUAGAUGUCACUUGUUUUCCUUUGAGGCAGGAUCUCAUGUAGCUAGAUUUCACUUUUACAAGAGCCUAUUUUAAUUCUGUUUUUGGGAACACUUGGUCUAGAACGCCUUGACAGCCCCCACAUGCUUUCACCACACUAAGGUGAAAACAAGAAAAUCAAGGGAAAUGAACCCCAAUUAUUCAAUAAAACAUGCAUUGCCAGAGAAUUUGGGCACCUUUCUGAAAUGCAAGCUUUGCUAAUACCUGGUAAUCACCCUCUCGUCUCACUUGUGUAUCCAAACAUAUGGAAGAUGUCUGGAUUUACCAUAAGGAAACUGAGGGAGCAAGGGCCUACACUGGCAUGAUUUCAACCCACCUUUCAGCUGCUUGGGGCUGAUGGAGGACAUUUAUCUGCGUCAUCUGGGUUGUAAACACGGUGAAUAGCAUCUCACUAAUCAAGGGCCCCAAUGUGGAGGCAUCAUACAGUGUUUAUUUCUGGAGCCAUGAGUUACUUUAGUACAGUUGCUGUUAGUAGUUUAUAAAGCCAUACUUCCACUUGUACACUUGAUUGUAAGAUAGAUUUAAAUUGUGUACUAUGUUGAUUACUCUAUAUAAAUGUGGAAAUCCUGUAUAUUUGGUCUUAUGCUGUAUGUAUUUGAUGUGUAAAUGAUAACUAAUGGAUAUGAAAUAGCUUGCUGUGGAUGUCUUCAUUCUAAUUCAUUUCUCUUGAAAAUUUGAAUGUUUAAUCUUUAUACCUAUGGGGAAAUAUGAAAGUUUGCAUCAAAUAUGCUGUUAAAUGGUGGCCUCUUAGAUCAGGGGAAUAUUUUAGUUGUAAGACUGUUGUACAAUUGGAACAAGGUCAUGACUUUGUUAGGCAUAUAACUUCCGGCUUGGAUUUUAUAUGAGUGUAUUUUUAAAAGAAGAAGCACUGAUCUCUGGA